UUUAUAUUAGACGAUCGCGUUUGGAAAGUUCGAAAUAAAGCUACAUUGUUUUAAAGUAAACUAGCUAGUUAACUAAUUAAAUGUUAUGUGGUUUUUGGAUGAAUUUUGCAUGAAAAACAAUAUAAUGUUUAGUUAGUCUUUCAUACACUGCAACAUUAUGAGUAAUAACUUGGAUAAUGAUAGGUCUAUUACAACUGGCAAAAUGUAUCCAAUCGACUUAGCGCCACAAAAAAUAACAAUAGUUAAGAAUAUUUCAAGUGCAGAUGUUAAAAUGACUCAUAUAAUACCAAGUCAAGGUAAAACUACCGGAACCAGUCAAAUAAUAACACAUUCUAGCGCUGGGCCGAUUGGUCUGAUGCGUACAGCAACUGGCGCCCAAAUAAUUUCUUCCGGAGUCGUUUCUCAGGGUACUCAAAUUGUUAGUCAAGGAAAUCAGUUAAGUCAAAAUGCACAAAUACUCACACAGCCACAGCUCUUAACAAGCAGUCAUAUAUUAAGUCCCUGCACGCAGAUAAUAAGCCAAGGUACUCAGCUAUCAGGUCAGGUGACAAACCCAAAUAAUUCCCAAUCUUUGAAUACUAUUCAGACAAGUGUAACAUCUACAGUAAGUGGAAAUCAAAUGCUGAAUGUAGGUGCACAACUUGUUAGUGGCUCAGGAAAUUUAAUUGUGAGUUCUUCUGUACGAACUCUUGGUGGAGCUAAUGUUAGAGUGCUACCUACCAAUCAACAUCAAAACUCUAGACCAGUCCUGACGAGUGUUAAUGUAAGCUCAGCUAGUGUUCUAGUGAGUAAGGGUACCAGUCAUGUGCCAAGGGGUCUAGCUGCUGGGGCUUCCCUAGCAGUGCGUCCAGUUACAGCUUCAGCACAGGCUACUAUCAGCCAAGGUAGUGGUUGGUCAGCAAACAGUCGUGGUCGUGGUGCAUUAGUGUAUGGCUCACGGGGACUUAGCCGCGGGCUGCCCCCACGACAACCAUCACCAGCGCCUUCACCCUCACAUACACCCCCACAUUCUACUCAGACGCCACUGUCUCCACACUCUGCUAUUGUCACUUUGCCAACUACCACUGUAUUGAGUUCGAGUGGUGUUAUAUCGAGCACAAUGCGUGGUUCAAUUGGUGUAGUGAGUGGUGUGACCAGACCGAAAACACCAACUCCACCGCCUCCAGGCCCAAGGCCCUUACCACUCUUGCAGCGGAACUAUCAACCUGCAAAGGUUGUGGGUGUAGCAAAUGUAGGCGUACGAGGUGUUGGCAACAGUGCUCCGCCACAGUUGUAUUACGAAGUGCCGCGAGCUGCGCAUCCGCACCACGCAAGGCCGAUUACGCCCUACGCGCAUACGAUUACAACCCAAGCGACUGGAGUAAAUACCGUCCAAACAUCAUCAGAGGUUCGCCAAACAACAACUAUUGCCAGCACGCCCGUUCUACCCAGACCUUCCAUUUUAAGGAAACGGGAUGUUGAAGGGUCGCCAUCCAAAAACCAAUUGAAUACGAUAUCAACUAUAUCCCAAGUAGGGAACAUAGGCAACAUAACAUCAAAUAUUGCCAACCUAAGCAAUAUAGCAACACUGAGCAGUAUUAGCAGUAUCGGUAAUGUGGUUGUGGGGAAUAACUUAAGUAACUUAAAUGUUAGUGCAAUAAGUCGUGUCGGUACUUUGAACAGUCUAAGUAACUUGGGUAACAUUGACAGUGUGAAUACUAUGAACAAUAGUGCAAUGAGUAGUGUGAAUAGCCAAUAUAUAAGUAACACUGGGUGGGAGGAUGUGACGACCUCCCAGGGACCGGGAAGCGGGUCUACCACCAUGUCAGCAGCGUCGUCACCAACCCCAGAUGAACCGGAGCCACCAAGGCAAACUGAUGUCUCACCGAGGAAGAAGCCGCGGAAACAGUUAUUAACAAGUGAAGUGCGUCACUGCGACUACCCAGUUGAAGAGAAACCUCCGACGCCGCCGCCUGCCCCGGUCAUACCCAAGCGACCGUCCCUAACCUCGACGUACGUUUGCGGGUGGCGUAGUACGGCAUUGCACUUUACGCGGCCGUCCGAUGUGAAACGACGCGAGACACGCGCGAGGGAUAUCGUAGCGAUCGCAACGCAGAAGCACGUGCUUGUCUCCGCCGAGGGAUGGAAGGUGCAUCAUUUGACAGCGCAGAUGGACGAUUUGGUUUCCUUAGAAGCGGAUGUCGGCGAACAGUUAGAGGGAGUACAUCGUCUGUUAGAGACAAGUCGCGCUCACAAUGCGCUUAAACCACUCUCACACUCGUUACUUGAACUUAUAAAGGGAAACAUACAAAGGAGUAAAAUAGUCUGCGAAGGUAUUCAAGAGGCUCGCGAGGACAUUCUACGUGUAUUCAAACAUAGAAAUUUUGUCUCUGACAUUUUGACCCGACAGGCGGAUAAGCGAUGCUUCCGAAAACAUAGAUCGCAGUCAUAACAUAAAAUUAAAACAUAACUAUGAGAAACUAUUUUUGUAUUCCGGGCUCAACCCAUAGCUUAUUAGCUAUGGUAUCUCAAGUUGAAACUAAAACCUUUUUAAAUACGCAUCGUCAGUGCAUAUGUCAAAGUUUAUAAUGACCAUUGACGUUGACAGACACUUAAAGUUCCCGCCAAAUAAAUUGGCAAGAUUCGUUAUUUGCGCAGAAGUUUAUAAACUUGUGAACUACAGUAGAAAAUUCUUGCCAAGGUACCAGCUAGGAAAGAAAGAAAGGUAGAAAUAAAAUUGUCCAAUGUUUUUCAUACAUGAAAUUGCUGGCCUUAAAAUUCUUUACACAAGACGUCUAGACUCUGAACUUACCGAGUUAUAGUCGAGAUUAAUAUUGGAUUUGAUAUACGGAAAUAAAAAACAUAGCGAUAAGUCUCGACUAUAUAUUACCCUAAGUGACAUUAUAAUUAAUAUUAUUAAUAUAUAUAUAAAUGUUUCUUUAUAAAUCUGUUAUUGUAAUUUGUUGUAUAUAAUGAUUUCUAUAAAUGCGUAAAAAAUAACAGAGAUUCAUAUAAAUAUAUAAAAUUUUUGCUUGAAUUCCUAUUCUUUAUUUUGUUAUAUGACCCGACCAUCACUAUUUCUAAAACCAUAGUUUUUGACGCCAUAUCUGAUAUCUAAUAAGAAUGUCAAUGGAACAGAAUACAUUAUUCUGUUUUAAUAAAUAACUGAUCUGAAUUAUUUUGGAUUUGUAAAUAAUAGAUAAUAUAAUAGUUAUGCAAAUUUAAUCCUAAUAUACAAGUGCUUUUUUUGUUGUGUGAUGUCUUUAUUUUAUAACUAAGAAUAAAAAGGACUAUGAUGA